AUUCACACAUGCAGUUAAAGUGUGUCAAAACAGUUUUUAUUUGUUGUUCUCCCACGCGCAACUGUGUGUGUGUGCCCGCGCGUGUGUGUCAAGGGCAAAGUGUGUCAAAGCACCGCCCACUCAAGAAGCUGCAGUAGUUUUUACUUUUGUUUUAACUGGAUUCUGUCUUUGUAAAUGACGGUUUCUGAAGGAGUCAAAAUGGACGCCCAGCAGACAAGUUUCCUCUUGCCACCUUGUCCUUGAAAAGAAAACUGGUUGAUAAUUGAAAUCUACGCACUGUUGAGGAAAUAAGACUUCUCCAUUUGGAAACCAUGAGCUGCGGAGACUGGAAAAACCUGGCAUCCCUUCUGUACCACUUCAUGCUGGUUUUCCUCGUUGAGGCCUCCCAGAAGAUGACCUCUUGUCGCAUCCGAGGCACCAAAGCCGACUGCAGCCGCCUGAGCCUGGCCGCUGUGCCGCCCGACCUCCCUGGCAAUAUCACCAGCUUGGAUCUGUCCCACAACCGACUGAGCCAGAUUCCGCCUGCCUCCCUGGCCCCAUACGCAGAUCUCCUGCACCUGGACGUCAGCUUCAACAGCCUCAAAAGCCUGGAUGGUGGGCUGUGCCGGGCGCUGCCCCUGCUGCAGACUCUCAACGUGGACCACAACGAGGUGCACGUCAUCCAGGAGGAGGAUGUGAGGGCCUGUGGCAGCCUGACCAGGUUUUGCUUGUCGAGCAACAGACUGAAGCUGAAAGGGGAAGCCUUUGCCGGGCUGCAGGUACUCAGAUCCGCAAUCUGGUUGCUUUCGGACCACUCUGUCUUACCUCGAGGUCGUAAUAAGUCACAUACAAGUCUGACAUUCUUGGAUGUGUCCAAAAACAACCUCAACUCAGCCAAGCUGGGUUCCAGGCCUCAGAUGCCUGACCUGUUUGAGCUCAGGCUGGGAUUCAACACAUUCUCGACUUUGGCCAAGGACGACUUUGCUCUCUUUAGCCACUCAGCGUCUCUGCAGGUCCUCAACCUGGAAUCUUCCACCAUCAAGACGGUGGAGCCUGGUUCCUUCCAGCCAAUUUCCCACUUGCGUACCUUAAUCAUGGAUGGGAGCAACAUGGGAACGACGGCUAUCUCCAAACUAUGCUCUGCGCUGUCAGGAACGUCUAUCCAGACAUUGUCCCUACAAAGAAUGAAGCUGGUCACGCUCACCAACGCCACCUUCAAAGAUUUGCAGGAAACCAACCUAACCUUCCUGGACCUCUCCAACAAUGGCUUGGGUAAAAUCGAAGAGGGCUCGUUCCGGUGGCUCAGCAAACUGGAUGCGCUUGUUUUGUCAAACAACAACAUCAAGCACUUAGCCAAGCAGACCUUUCAAGGUCUUGACAGUUUGAACCAGCUGGACUUGAGGAAAGCUCUGGUGAAAAGUCAUACCUCCGCAAGGCCAAUCAUCGAUGACUUCUCCUUCCAGCCAUUGGGCGCCAUGGAGACUUUGUGUCUGCAGUGGACUUCGGCGCGGUUGAUAACCGAGCACACCUUCACAGGCUUGAAAAGUCUAAAAGAACUCGACCUUAGCUGGAGCAGCUACGCGUCGCUGAAAAACAUCUCCAACAAGACGCUGAUUUCGCUGGGUGGGUCACUGCUACUGAAGCUCAACCUGACGGCGACAGCCAUGAUGCAGAUUCAACAUGGUGCUUUCGCCCAUUUGGGUAACCUCACCCAUCUUCUUCUGAAUUUCAAUUUCAUCAAGCAGACUCUGAGCGGGACAGAGUUCCAAGGCUUGGAUCGACUCCAGGAGCUUCACCUCUCCUUCAAUCACCAGACGAUCAACCUCAGCUCCAUGUCGUUUGUCAGCGUUCCCCUUCUCAGGGUCCUGACACUGUGCAAAAGCCUCACGGCCACGUCCUUGAACUUGGAUCCUUCUCCAUUCGAGCCCUUGUCCAACCUCGUCUACUUGGACCUGAGCAACAAUAACAUUGCCAAUUUGAGAGCCAGCCUGCUGAACAGACUCGUGAGCCUGAAGGUUCUCAAGCUGCAACACAAUAACCUGGCGCGGUUGUGGAAGGCGGCCAAUCUGGGAGGGCCGGUGUUCUACCUGAAGGGUUUGGAGAAAAUGACGAGCCUGCAGAUGGACAGCAACGGGUUCGAUGAGAUCCCUGCGGAGGCGCUGACCGGGCUGAGUAACCUGCGUGAGCUCAGCCUUAGCAACAAUCUGCUCAAUAACCUGAAGGACUCUGUGUUCGACAGCCUGACCUCCCUGAAGGUCUUACACCUCCAGAGGAACCUAAUCACGGCUGUGAGACCCGAGGUGUUCCGGACUCCCCUGGCCAACCUGAGCUAUCUCCUCAUGGAUAGGAAUCCCUUCGACUGCACGUGUGAGAGCAUCUUGUGGUUCGUGACAUGGUUGAACACCACCAACAUUCCCGGCUGGAGUGGACAGUACAUGUGCAACACGCCGCUGGCUUAUUUCAACCGCCCCGUUGCAGAUUUCGACACCCUCUCCUGCAAGGACAUGGCGCCAUUCCAGGCACUCUACAUCCUCAGCAGUACCCUAGUGGGGUUGCUGACCGUGACAGCCCUUCUGCUGCGCUUCCAUGGCUGGAGGAUCCAGUUCCACUGGAACGUCCUGGUCAACCGGGCUUUGGGCUUCAGUGAUACCAGAGCGGAGGAGGGCCGGCAGUAUGAAUACGACGCUUACAUCAUCCACGCCGAAGUGGACACCAGCUGGGUGGAGAGAGCCCUGAUGCCCCUUGAGGUCGAUACAUGCAGGUUUUGCCUGGAAGACCGGGAUUCGAUGCCAGGAAUGUCCCAGCUGGAGUCCAUCGUGGCAAACCUGAGGAACUCCAGGAAAAUUAUUUUUGUUGUCACCGAAAGCCUCCUCAGCGAUCCAUGGUGCAACCGCUUCAAGGCCCAUCAUGCAUUGCAUCAGGUGAUGGAGGCCAGCAGGGACUCUGUGAUCCUGGUGUUCCUACAGGACGUACAUGACUACAAACUAUCGCACUCGCUCUUCCUGCGCCGCGGGAUGCUGAGGAAACGCUGCGUCCUUCACUGGCCCGUCUACAAGGAGCGAGUGGUCGCCUUCCGCCAGAAGCUCCUCAUCGCUCUCGGAAUGACCAAUCGAUUCCCACCACUGCUUUGAACAAGUGGUCGCGCAAAUUGGGGAAUUUUUUUGGUUUUGUUUUUGUUUUUUUACUCUGUGACACUAUGUGCUCUGAUGGGACAUUUCAUUUGGUACACUUGCACAAGUAUACAAGUCUAAUUUUUGGUUGACAUGUUCCUAAUGUUUUGUCCAGUAAAGAGCGUUUACAUCAUAUUGUAAUUUGGGGGGGAAAUGCUUAAAUAGCUAUAUUAAUUGAUGAGAUGCUUUUUGUGACAUAAUAAAUCAUGGAUUUAUUUCAAUUUUAGUGUUAUUUUAUGCAGUGAUCUAAUAAAAAAAGACAUGAUAUUUUUCUUAUCCACUGUUAAGAAUAUUACUACCAUUUUGCUGACAAAUUGUAGCCUCC